GUCGGUCGUGCGUCUAUGACGCGCCUUCCGCCUAUCAGUCACUCCCUUACACCCUGCCCAUUGGCUGCUUUUACUCAAUAUCCCGCCCAUCAUAGGUCGGUCGCGUAUCAAUGUCACGCCUUCCGCCUGUCAGUCACUCCCUCAUACCCCGCCCACUGUCCGGCACCGAGCGCUCGGCCGAAGCGCCGCUGCCGGCUCGAUCCCGGAACCUUAGUGUGCGAUGGUUGCGGCGCCGGGCGGCAUUUGCUGCGGGACCGAGCACUGCGGGGGCAUGAGACUCUGUUCCAGGGGCGGUGCGACGAGACGCUGAGGAUGACCGGCCGCGGACGGGGCCGCGGUCAAAUGACCUUCAGUGUCGAAGUGGUGGGCAUCAGCAAGGGGGAGAUGCUGCCCCCACCCACCCUGCAGCCUCCACCACUGUACCCAUCCCUAGAGUUCAAGGCGGUGCCCCUGCAGACGGGCGAGGAGGCAGAGUACAUGCUGGCGCUGAAGCAGGAGCUGAGGGGAGCGAUGAAGAACUUGCCCUAUUAUGUCAAACCAGCCGCGCCGAAGAAAGAUAUCGAGCGUUACUCUGACAAAUACCAGUCGUCCGGCCCAACAGACAACACCAUUGAGUGGAACCCAGACUGGCGCCGGUUACCACGGGAACUGAAGAUCCGGAUACGGAAGCCGGUGAAAGACAAGAUAGCAGUUCCCACUCGGAAGUUGAAAGCCCGGACCAGCGUGGAGAAAGAGGAAAUCUUCAAAAAACUGGAGACUUUGGAGAAGAAAGAGGAAGCUCACAGCUCCGAGGAGGAGGGGGAGCAGGAGAAGGAGGAAGAGGAGAAAGAAAAUGAGGAGGAGUAUGACGAGGAGGAAUUCGAGGAGGAGACGGACUACAUUAUGUCCUACUUUGACAAUGGCGAGGAAUUUGGCGGUGACAGUGACGAUAACAUGGACGAGGCUGUUUACUGAGUGGCCUGGAAUGGCAGUUGCUGGCCUCUCUGUGAACUUCCCCUCCCUUCCACACGGAACAUUUCCCCAGGAUAAUCCAGGAGGAUCCACAACACUUUCUCUGCUGCAAGUUCAUCCAGCCCCAGAAUUGCCUCUCCUCUGUGGGUGAGUUAUAGAAUCUGGGGGGUAGUCAGUGGGAAACUCAGUGUCGUACAGGACAUGACAGCAGGCCCGUUGGCCUAUCAGUCCAUGCAGGCCAUCAACCACUGACUCACCAGUCGUCCAACUGUUUCUUCACUUUCUCCCUGAACUGUGAGCCAUCAUAGACUGGAUGGGCCAACUGGCCACCUUGUUUAUAAAGAAACUGGGUGCGGCAUCCGUCCUGCGGAUGCUUGGUGGUAUCGUGGGUAGAGCUGCAUCCUCCAGGGACGUGUGAUUGAUCCGAACGGUCUGUCUGUGUGUCUGGAGUGCUCGCUGACGGCACAUGGAAUUGUGUCUAUAUUAUCUCCCUUUUUCAGGCUGUGUGUGUUUACGUGUGGAGAUUUUAGGUCUCCCUGUGACCACAUGGGUUUCGCCCAGGUGCCCCUGGUUCCCUUCCACAUCCCAACCACGUCUGGGGUCGGUAGGUUAAUCGGCCCCUGGUUUGUGGGUGCGGGUGAUGGGUUGAGGGCCGUUUUGUGGUAAUGUGGGGAAAUUGGGGGUGGGGAGAGAGGCUGAUGAUGACACAGACACCACGGACAGCAGCGGCUUAGGAACGCAGUUCAAGUGACCUGUCGAGGGCCCAGUGGUGGAUGGACAAUUGCCAGCCUGGACUCCAGCACAAGCAGGAGAGCAGUGGGUUGUGUUUGGGGCUGGGAUUUUAGAGGGAGGGACUGAUUCGUUGUCUGAUGUAGACAUUUCAGCAUUUGUAAUAA